UAAGGGAAAGGGGUGUGACAGCGUGGGGUGCUGCUUGGGCUCAAACCCUCUCCCUGGGAUCUGAGGGCCCAGUUCCCUGCGGCGAACCACCUUUCGCAUUUUUCCAAGCUCCAAUCCGUUCAUCCCCCUGCCGCAGAGCCCACAUCUGGGUCGCGCAUUGGCCUCAGAGUCACACUUUGAUAUCAGCCCCCUCAGCUUCACAAUAUAUGUCCAUCCCCCUGCCGCAGAGCCCACAUCUGAGUCAAUUAUUGCUCUCAGAGACCUCAAUCGGGUCUGGCCUCAGACGCUCCAAUCUGCCCAUCCUCCAGCCGCAGACCCUCCACCUGGGGCAUCUCCCGACCGUCGAGCCCUCUAUCCACCUGCCACUCUGCCACAAGAGCCUCCCAGAUGCACUGAUUCUCCUCCUCUCCAGUCCCAGACCGUGCACGCGCCAGGGCAGCGGCGUCCCGGUCCCCGGUUCCGGGGCCACUAUCUUCGCUCUGAGUUCCGGCCACGGCCGCUGCGGCAUCGCGGUGAUCCGAACCAGCGGCCCCGCCAGCGGCCACGCCCUCCGGAGCCUCACGGCGCCGCGGGACUUGCCCCCGGCUCGCAGCGCCUGCCUGCGCCUGCUCAGCCACCCCCGUUCCGGGGAGCCGUUGGAUCGCGCGCUGGUGCUCUGGUUCCCAGGUCCCCAAAGUUUCACGGGUGAGGACUGCGCCGAGUUCCACGUGCAUGGAGGCCCGGCGGUGGUGAGUGGCGUCCUGCAGGCCCUGGGUAGCGUGCCAGGGCUGCGGCCAGCGGAGGCCGGUGAGUUCACCAGACGGGCAUUCGCCCACGGGAAGCUGAGCCUGACCGAGGUGGAGGGGCUGGCGGAUCUAAUUCAUGCGGAAACCGAGGCGCAGCGGCGGCAGGCGCUGAGACAGCUGGACGGAGAACUGGGCCACCUCUGUCACGGCUGGGCCAGGACCCUCACUAAGGCUCUGGCUCAUGUGGAGGCCUAUAUCGACUUUGGUGAGGAUGACAACCUGGAGGAGGGCGUCCUGGAGCAAGGUGGGUCCUCCAAGGGAUGGGGACAUCUGGUAUCUCAGCCCCCGGAGGCCCCCUCACUCCCUCCCCUCCGCUUUCUUCCAUCCACAGCUAACAGCGAAGUGCGGGAGCUGCAGCUGGCACUGGGCGCACAUCUUCGAGAUGCCAGGCGCGGGCAGAGGCUUCGCUCAGGGGCGCACGUAGUGGUCGCAGGACCCCCCAACGCUGGCAAGAGCAGCCUGGUGAACCUACUCAGCCGGAAGCCUGUGUCCAUAGUGUCUCCGGAACCCGGGACCACCCGCGACGUGCUGGAGACCCCCGUGGACCUGGCCGGGUUCCCGGCGCUGCUGAGCGACACGGCGGGGUUGCGGGAGGGCGCUGGGCCCGUGGAGCAGGAGGGCGUGCGGCGCGCCCGGGAGAGGCUUGAGCAGGCUGACCUCAUUCUAGCCGUGCUGGAUGCUUCUGACCUGGCCUCUCCGUCCAGCUGCAACUUCCUGGACACCGUUGUCGCCCCCGCCGGAGCUGGGAGCCCCAAUGGGAACGGCCAGCGCCUCCUGCUGGUGCUGAACAAAUCGGACUUACUGCCUCCGGGCGGCCCCGACCCCAGUCCCAACCUGCGCCCGCACCUGCUGCUGUCCUGCUUGACCGGAGAGGGGCUGGAUGGCCUCCUGGAGGCGCUGAGGAAGGAGCUGGCUGAAGUGUGUGGGGACCCGUCCACAGGCCCACCGCUCCUGACGCGUGCAAGGCACCAGCAUCACCUACAGGGCUGCCUGGACGCUCUUGGCCACUACACGCAGACUAAGGACCUGGCCCUGGCUGCUGAGGCUCUGCGACUCGCCCGGGGGCACCUGGCCCGCAUCACCGGCGGAGGGGGCGCUGAGGAGAUCCUGGAUAUCAUCUUCCAGGACUUCUGCGUGGGCAAGUGAGGGGACCCCUGGAGCUCUCAGCCAGGCAGAGUGGAUGCCCAGAAGCCUUGAAGCAUGUGGGAAUAGCUUAGGCCAAGUGAGAAUCUCCAUCCCAAUGAAGCAAAGCCGCUGCCUUCAGAGGUGGUGAGCUCACUGUGGCUGGCGGUGACCAAGCUACGGCCAGCCAGAUUCCCUUGCAGGGACAUGCCAGGGGUUCAAGCCGCUCUGGAGUGGAACCGCUUUGGGUGCCUGAUGCUGGAGGAGCAGGGGUGGAAGGUUGGGAUGGAGGUGGGAGGGCCUCAGAGUUCUUUGCUUUGCGGUUUUUAAUUUAUUUUGCAAAUACCAAAGGAAUAUCAAAAAUUCAGGUGAUUCAGAAAUGCUUAAACACGGAACACUCCGUCCCCCCACAUCCCUUGGGGUUACAGCUUAACUUGUGUCCUCCCAAAAUUUCUCUGCUCUUUUGCAUACUUGUGGAUACACCCGUAAAAUAUACGUUUUGUAUUUUGUACAGACA